AUGGCACUAUGCCUGGCUUCCAGAAAGAGGACCUCUAAGCAAAAGGAACCGAGCCACAGAAGCAAGUGGCAGCGGGUCCUGGACGCUGCUCCGCGUCCCUGUGCGCGCAGCUCUGCCGCACCCCCGCCCAUCUUCGUGACAGGCGUGCCCCUGCGGAAGCACAGAGAGCCCCACGGGACAGGCGGCGCGCCUGCGACCCCGCGGAGGGCCAGCACCUCCCGCGCCUCCCGCCGCGCAGACCGCGUGACGGCUGCGGACAAUUCAUCCCCGCGCCUCCCACGAGGCGUCCGGAGCGGCCUAACGCACUGCCCGGCCUUGGGCUUCUUCACACGCCCGCCCGAGGUGCACGGACAGCGAGGCCAGUCCCUCGGGGGCGUCCGGGCCAGGAAAGCCCGCCGCAGGCCCAGGAGCCUCUGCCGCGCGCUUCCUGGCCGCGACCGUCGGCUCGCCCCGGAGCGCGGUGCCCAGCGCAGGGAUGCGGCGCCGAGCCGGGUCUCAAGAUUCUGCCCUCCAAGGAAAUCUUGCCAUGAUUGGAUAGGACCCCCAGAUAAGUAUUCAAAUCUUCGACCUGUUCACUUUUACAUCCCUGAAAAUGAAUCACCAUUAGAACAAAAGCUUAGAGAAUUAAGACAAGAAACACAAGAAUGGAAUCAACAGUUUUGGGCAAACCAGAAUCUGACCUUUAGGAAGGAAAAAGAAGAAUUUAUUCACUCAAGACUAAAAGCUAAAGGCCUAGCACUGAGAGCUGAAUCAGGUCAGAAAGCAACACUGAAUGCAGAAGAAAUGGCUGACUUCUACAAGGAAUUUUUAAGUAAAAAUUUUCAGAAGCACAUGUAUUAUAACAGAGACUGGUACAAGCGUAAUUUUGCCAUCACCUUCUUCAUGGGAAAAGUGGCCCUGGAGAGGAUUUGGAACAAGCUUAGACUGAAACAAAAGAAGAUAAGCAAUGAGGAGUCACCCUGACUCUGCCCCACCCAGAGGUUACCAUGAGAAGUGGAGGGUUAUAGGAGCUCAUUUUACAAGGGCCCUAAAAAACUAAGUGAUCCCAAGCCCCACAUCUUCUCAUGGGGGCCCUCGGCCUGUGUUCAGGGCAGGCUGGAACCAGGGGAGCGUGGUCCUGUGUUCUCGGGGCCAUCUGGUACCCUCCUGACUGUGGAUUCCAAGCUGGCUCGUUAUCAUGACGUGGUAUUAAAGCUCAAGCAAUGUGUGCCCA